AUGGAAGUCCACGCCUGCCGUAUUGAUACCGGAAACACAAUUCUCCGUGACGAGUUGAACAAGUUUUGGCAAAUUGAGUCGAUCGGUGACGGAGAAAACGAAAACGUAUUAUCUUCCUUUAAACAAACUCUUGAAUUCAACGGUGAACGCUACGUGACCGAAUUACCAUUUCGUCCUGAUCAUGAUAAACUUUCCGAUAAUUUUGCAGUUUCGAAACAACGCUUAGAUUCUCUUGUUAACAAACGAUUACGAAAUGAACCUGAUUUAGCUGUGCAAUACAACGACGUUUUUGAAGACUACGAAUCGAAACAGAUUAUAGAAAAAGUUCCAGAAAGUGAGAUAGCUUGCGAAAAUGCUUACUACCUUCCGCAUCAUCCGGUUGUACGCCAAGAUAAAAGUACAACGAAAGUUCGUCCUGUUUUUGAUGGAUCUUGUGCCGUUCACAAACCAUCCCUCAAUGACAUUUUGUACUCUGGUCCUAAUUUACUUGCUAAGGUGUUUGACAUUCUGCUGAGAUUCCGUACGAACUACGUCGCUUUAGUUGCUGAUAUUCAACAAGCCUUCUUGAAUAUUGAAAUCGCUGAGAAAGACCGUAAUUAUCUUCGUUUUUUGUGGAAAGAAAACCCUACAGAGAACGAUUCAAAGCUCAUUAUCUAUCGAUUUCUGCAUGUCGUGUUUGGGUUAACGUGCAGUCCGUUUUUACUCAAUGGGACAAUCCAACACCACUUGGAGACUUACGAAAUUAUCUGCCCCGAAAUUACUGAUGUUUUGAAGGAUGACUUGUACGUCGAUGACCUAACAACCGGUACCGAUACCGUAACUAAAGGCAAGAAACUUUACGAAAUUAGUAAACAAAUCAUGAAAGAAGGAGGGUUCAAUUUGCGAAAAUGGGCUACUAAUAACAAUGAAUUACAAACUUUUAUAGAUAAAAUUGAGAAAGUGAAUUCUGAACCGAAUAGCGACAAAACUGUUAACCCCAAAGUAUUAGGGGUCGAGUGGGACAUCGACAGAGAUAUUCUAGUGUACCGAUUUGACGAGUUAUUGAAACGAGCGAAAGAACUGUUUCCAACAAAAAGAAACAUUUUACGUAUAUCUGCUUCAUUUUAUGACCCGUUGGGCCUGAUCGCACCAAUCACCACCAAAGUAAAGGUUCUUUUCCAGAAAUGUUGUCAACACAAGUCCGACUGGGAUGAUCCACUGCAAGGGGAACUGCUUAAACAAUGGAGAGAUAUAUUGAACGAUUUUGCGAAUUUACAAACUUUUGAGAUACCACGUUAUUUAUUCUGUGAACCGCGUCAUGAAAUUCAAUCAAUUAAACUGCAUGGAUUUUGUGAUAGCUCGACGAUUGCCUACGCUGCUGUGAUUUAUGCAAAAAUACGAACUAACCUCGGCGUAAGUGUUUCGCUAGUGACUGCUAAAACGAAAGUUGCGCCCCUAAAGCCGCAUUCUGUUCCACGUUUAGAAUUGCUAGGAUGUGCUCUCUUAGCAAAGUUGAUGAGCCAUGUGCUUAAUGCGAUCAAUGGUAGAUUGAAAGUUGAUCGUUUUUUCGGUUGGUCAGAUUCGGAAGUUGCCCUUUGUUGGCUAAAAGGCAAAUUGAAGCAGUGGAAGCCAUGGGUAGAAAACAGAGCUGUUUAUGUUCGAUCAGUCAUUCCAUCGGAAUCAUGGUUUCACGUUUCCACCAUUCAUAACCCCAGUGAUAUACCUACCAGACCAGACAAAAUUGGUGACUUCAAUUCAAAUUUGUGGUUAAACGGUCCUGAAUUUCUGUCUGAUUCCAGCUUUGUUCCACCUGAGUUUUAUGUCAACAAACAUUCAUUUGAUGUUUUGUCAGAAGAGAAGAAAGGUCAUGUCACUACUAACAUUAGUCAUUCCACUCAUCAUUGUCAUUCGCAGUUACAUGAUAUUAUAGACGAGACUAAGUUUAGCUCACUGAAAAAGCUUAUAACUACCAUUGGAUAUGUUUACAGAUUUGCGAAUAAAUUGUUAAAUCGAAUUCGAAAAAGAGACUUAUCAGUAUGCAACGAUCGUGAACUGUCGACUCAAGAAUACAAAAGUGCAUUUGAUAUUUUGAUUACAAACAAUCAACGAAAACUUCGAAACAACCAAAACUACUUCAACAAACUUUCGUCCGCCCUGAAGUUGUUUUAUGAUGAGAAAGGAGAUUUACGUGUUAAAGGACGUUUUGGUGAGAAUAAAAAGCUUUCAUAUGACGAAAGGUAUCCGUUGAUUCUUUCGAGUGAUUCACAUUUUACAAAACUUCUGGUUGAAGAUGCCCACGAAAAAACAUUUCAUCAAGGCGUAGAAGCGACACUCAACAUGUUACGAAUGAAGUUUUGGAUUCCAAAAGGUAGACGCACAAUCAAAUCCAUUUUACGACAGUGCAUUGUUUGUCGACGAUACCAAGGCAAACCUAUUAAAUCACCACCGACUCCAGAUCUACCAGAAUACAGGUAUUGCGCUUCGAGAGCUUUUGAACAUGUUGGGUUCGAUCAUGCUGGUCCACUCUACAUUCGUACCGAGAACCGAAACACAACAAAGGUAUACGUAUUAAUACUUACAUGUGCUACUACUAGAGCUGUGCACUUUGAGCUUUCACCCGAUUUAAAGACGCCAGCGUUCAUUAGAGCUUUCAAAAGAUUUCAAUCCAGAAGAGGAACGCCUGCUACGGUUGUGCAUGAUAACUUUAAAACGUUUAAAUCUAACUAUGUAAAAAGAUUUAUGAGACAUGAGUCUAUUGAAACUAACCCGAUUCUCCCCAAGAGUCCUUGGUGGGGAGAAUUUUAUGAAAGGAUCGUCAGAUCAAUGAAAACCGCCUUGCGUAAGACCAUUGGGAAGGCACUAUUGACUUUCGAAGAGCUCGAGACAGUUCUGUGCCAAGUUGAAGCAUCGAUUAACUCAAGACCACUUACAUAUCAGAGUGAGGACGAUCUUGGACAGACUAUCACACCUUUGCAUUUGAUUUACGGCUCGAACAUUGUUGGUGCUGAAUGUGUCCCAAUGAAUGAUACCGACCAGUGCUCGAAACGAUUACUUUAUGUACAACGAGUGCUUGACGAUCAGUGGCGACGAUUUUAUCGAACGUAUUUGAACGAAUUACGGCAACAUCACUUCUACAGAAAGGAUGGCAGAGAAACACCUGAUUUAAAGUUGAACGACGUCGUGGUGGUGAAAGAUGAUAACCAACUGCCAAGAAGUAGAUGGUCAUUGGGUAAAGUUACGGAACUGAUCUAUGGAAAGGACGGAUUUAUUCGUGGUGCGAAGAUUCAGGUUAACACCAAGAAAGGACUUGUUUCUACGAUAACGCGUCCUAUUCAAAAACUGAUUCCACUUGAAAUAGCAAAUGAGACUGAAAACGAAGUUAAAAAAGUUGAAAAAAGUGAACUUGAAAAACCCGCUGAAGACACUCUCAAUGAAGAUGGGCAACAACGAAGGCCGACGAGAAAGGCUGCGGUUGAAGGACAGUUGAUGCGUAAACUCCGCGAAGAGUAUUUAUAG